UUCAGUUGGCAUAGUGUGAGCGAGGCGUGCGGACGUGUUGUAAAGUUGCUGUGAUUCUGAUUUGAUUUUUUUCAAUUGGAUACUUUUGUAAUUCGUUUCGUACAAGAUGAGCGCCCUCAUCUUUUUGGCCACGAUUCUCGUUGGCUUUCUCAUAUAUUCCCUGCUCAAAUCCAUGCGACGCCCCAAGAAUUUUCCACCAGGUCCUGGCUUCCUGCCCUGGUUGGGCAACACGCUGCAGUUUCGCCGCGAAGCGCGUGCAGCUGGAGGUCAGCACAAACUUUUCGAGCAGUGGUCAAAGCGUUAUCAAAGUCAGCUUCUUGGUCUGAAGCUGGGCCAGGAGUACGUGGUGGUCGCACUGGGCCACGAGCUGGUGCGGGAGGUGCAGCUUCAAGAGGUGUUCGAGGGUCGGCCCGACAACUUCUUUCUGCGACUCCGCACCAUGGGAACGCGCAAGGGCAUCACAUGUACCGAUGGCCAGCUGUGGUAUGAGCAUCGCAACUUUGCCAUGAAGCAGAUGCGUCACGUAGGCUACGGACGAAGCCAAAUGGAGCAGCAAAUCGAGCAUGAGGCCGAUGAGUUGCUGCAACAGCUCAGCGCCACACAAGCAGAGCCCAUCGAGCCAGUCAAUUGGCUGGCACAAAGUGUGCUCAAUGUGCUAUGGUGUCUCAUUGCGGGCGAACGCAUUGCCAGCGCCAAGGACAGCACAUUGCAUCGUCUGCUGGAGCUUAUGAAUCGUCGUUCAAGGCUGUUUGACAUUAGCGGCGGGCUGUUGGCGCAGUUUCCCUGGCUGCGUCAUGUGGCCCCCAAUCGCACCGGCUACAAUCUGAUAAGGGAGCUAAAUACAGAGCUGCAUGGCUUCUUCAUGGUGGCCAUCAACGAGCAUCGACGUCGCAUGUUGGAGUGCGAAAAGCGUGGAGAGCAGUUGCCUGAAAGCGAUCUCAUCUAUGCGUAUUUGCUGGAGAUGCAGCAGCAGAAGCAGAACUCGAAUAGCUUCAAUGAGACACAGCUGGUGAUGACCAUAUUGGAUUUCUUUAUUGCCGGAUCUCAGACGACCAGCAACACCAUCAAUCUAGCCUUAAUGGUGCUGGCCAUGCGUCCGGACGUGCAGCAGCAGUUACAUGACGAGGUGGCUGCCAACACAAGUGAAGCGACCGAUGCCUUUCCUCAUUUGAGUCGUCGUGAAGCUUUCCAUUACAUGGACGCCUUCAUUAUGGAGGUGCAACGUUUCUUUCACAUCACACCGAUAACGGGACCACGCCGUGCACUGUGGAACACUAAAUUGGGCCAGUAUGAUAUACCCAGGAAUGCCACCAUAUUGAUUAGUUUGCGUUCCGUACAUUUGGACGAGGCGCAUUGGAAGGAGCCGCAUGAGUUCCGCCCAGAACGUUUCAUUGAUGGCGCUGGCAAGUGUUGCAAGGAUGAGUAUUUUAUGCCAUUCGGUUUGGGACGACGCCGCUGCCUGGGUGAUGCCUUGGCACGCGCUUGCAUUUUCUCAUUUCUGGUGCGAAUCGUGCAGCAUUUUCGAAUUGUGUUGCCAGCGGGCGAAACGCCAUCGUUCGUCCUCCAACCGGGCAUCACACUGACGCCCAAGCCAUACAAGGUGCAGUUCGUCAAGCGAGAGUGAAUAAGGAUCAAUGACCAUUAAAUAUAUAUAAGCUUUUCAUUUAUUCUUGAAUUAACAUUGAAAAUAAACCAGCAACGACAACAACAA